UCCAGGACUGAACAUGUGGGACUUCCUGCUGUUCGAGAGCAAAGGGAGAGAGGACAGCCAAGCACAAACAGCCAGCCAAGCCAGCAAACAGGAAUAUUCAUUGUUUUUGUUGUUUCAAGGUCAUAUAUGAACAUGAUUCUCCCUUUUGUUGUUGUUUUUACAUCAUUACAUUGUUUGUUCAAUGAGAAUAUGUGGAAACUCUGGAAGGAAAGCAUAGUGUUCAACAAAGUGCUGAUUGUUGCUGAAGAAGUGCCAAAGAACUGAACACAUGGAGACUGAGUGUGAGUGUGCCCUUCAGUGGCCAGAGAGCCAAACUGACGAGGACAGUGACACAGAAGAGAUCCUGUGUGGAAUUCAUGAGAGCUGCGCCACUGACCUGUAUCACCACCCCCAGCUGGAUACUGAUAUAGAGGCAGUCAGGACUUUGUAUUCAGACUCUGCAGUCUCUGUCAGGGAGUAUGGGUCAAUUGAUGGUGUGGAUGUUGACCUAAACAUAAAUGCCAAGCUUUUGAAUCAGGAAGUGGCCCAGGCCUGGAGGAUUAAUCCAUCAGAGCCCAUCGUUAUCCGUCUGCACUUCUCUCUGUCUCAGUAUCUGGACGGACCCGGUGGGUAUCAACAAUACUGCUCACCUUCAGUUGAAGUCUUUCAACCAUCCAAUACAGACGAUUUCAGCCUUGGGAAACAACUUCAGAAUAUUCUCACCGUCUUCUUAUCUCGGGAGUGGAAACAUCUGACCAACGAGAACAUCGUAGUCCGUCAGAAGAGGAGACAAAGCUGGUUCAGGCCAAGUGGAACCAUCAAGAAAGUUCGUGCAAGGCUUAACGUCUGGCUCCCGCUAUCAAAGUCAAAUGAGCUCCAGGAACCAGCUGUGAAAGAAAGGAUCAUUUUGCCAGCAAUGAAACUGAACCCUUUCACGAAUCAUACACCUUCAUACACCAUCAAGAAUCCCACAGGAGAGCUCUUCAACUACACACCCAGUGGAAAUGCGAAGGCUCUCUCUCCAGCUGAAAGGGUGGUGGUAUCAGCAGUGAAGUCAUCAGCACAGAUUAGUACCAAACAGCUGAUAGAGCUGCUAUUCUCCACCCAGGCCAUCGGGCACUGUAAGACGACCCCAACUCUGCAGCACGGCUUCUUGGUGCAGAUAAUGAGGUAUGCUGAGCAGAGAAUCCCCACGCUGAAUGAAUACUGCGUUGUUUGUGAUGAGCGACAUGUGAUUCAGAACGGCCCGAUGUUAAAGCCAGCAGUCUGCACCAGGGAGCUAUGUGUCUUUUCCUUUUAUACAUUGGGGGUUAUGUCUGGAGCUACAGAUGAAGUGGCCACUGGCGCAGAGGUUGUUGACCUCCUGGUGGCCAUGUGCAGAGCUGCCCUUCAGUCUUCACGCAAGGGCAUCAUAUUUGAACCGUACCCUUCGGUUGUUGAUCCAUUCAACCCCAAAAUCCUGGCCUUUAGUCCCAAGAGAAAGAGCUACAAUAGGCUGCAAAAAGCUCUGGACAGUGUCUUGUUAAUCAGGAGGAUGGCACAGGGUCCCUAUUCUGAAAUAAAGAAGCAGAUGGACAAGAUAGACCCUCUCGCUUAUCCCUUACUACAAUGGAUUUUAGCAAGCAACAGAUCACACAUUGUCAAGCUUCCAUGGAACAGGCAACUAAAGUUCAUGCACACACCCCAUCAGUUCCUGUUGAUCAGCGGCCCUCCAUCCAAAGAGGCUCGUUUUCAAACUGCCAGGAAACUUCAUGGCAGCACCUUUGCUUUCCAUGGUUCCCACAUUGAAAACUGGCACUCUAUCUUGAGAAAUGGGCUGGUAAAUGCCUCCUAUACAAAAUUUCAGCUUCAUGGAGCUGCAUAUGGGAAAGGCAUCUAUCUGAGUCCAAUCUCAAGCAUAUCAUUUGGAUAUUCUGAGAUGGGUAAAGGGCAGCACCACAUACCCACCAGAGAAGAACGCAUAAAGAAAUACAACCAAAUAAACAAAAUUCAAGAGGACCAGCCGGGGCAAACCAGGUUUCUGCAAAACAGGAACCUAAACUGCAUCGCUCUCUGCGAAGUGAUAACUUCAAAGGACCUUCAAAAACAUGGAAACAUUUGGGUGUGUCCGAUAUCAGACCAUGUGUGCACACGUUUCCUCUUUGUGUAUGAGAAUGGCCAGGUGGGAGAUGUCCACAUCAACACACAGGAAGCCAGAAUCCACAGGGAAAUUUUACAAGUAAUUGCCUCAGCACAGCUUUGAAGCAAGAAAAAAAAACACUGUCUGAAUAGGUCUUAGUUACUUUGUGGCUGAAUUUAUUAAGUUUGGCUUUUAUUGUUUUGACAAGUUAACAAUGAGACGCUUUUAUCAACUUUUGUUUGAAUGAAAAACCUUAACUCAAAAGGAAGGAGAAGGGCAUCUCUUCUUUCUGUUGUCAACUGCAAUAAUAUUAGAUGGAAGAAACUAGUUUGUUGUGUCACAAUGCCCACCUGUAAAAGCUUUUUUUGCCUUAUACCUUAAUUUACAGUCCGGUGUAAUUUAAAUUUGAUUUGUGUCUACCGCCAGUGUCAUACCUAUGUACUGUAAAUACAUAUUUUGUACAUUUUUAUAACCACACAUUUUUUAAAUAAAAGUUUACAAUA